AUGGAUAGUCGAUUUAAUUCAUUUUGCAUGAAAAUGGCGAACUACAUUUUCUCCGAGAAUAAAGGAACAUAUGAUUACAAAGAAAGUUUGUUACAUCCCUCAGAAAUAAAAGACGAAGACUUUAUUCUUAUUUUGAAGCAGGAUACUGCAGAAUGCUUCUGUUUGAGCCAAAAUAUUUCCCUGUACAUCAAAACAUUUUUGCAAUUUAAUGAUUUGGUGGUUUACGCGUUUGAUUAUGAAGAAGUUAUUACUGGAACUGUUAAAGCUCAACUGAAAAAAAAACUAUCAAAAUUCAACUAUUCUGAUCUCGAAAUAAGAUUUAAGUCCGAAGACAAAAAUGAAAAGCUGAAUGAUCACGUUUAUUUGGCGACCUUGGAACUAUCGGUAUUUGAUGUAAGAGAUGAUUCUGGCAACUUAAAAGGCAGCGUUUCCUACGCAGAUUCGUUGUUAAUUUCGGAGAUUUUCCUCAAUAAUGGUAAUGAUUGCAUUAGUACCAGUGUGUUCAACAUGACGAGAUACAUUCCCGGAUUUUGUUGUUGGGACUCAGAGGAUUCUAAAGAAUUCUGGGGCCUGUGGCAGAUUGAAGUGGAAGAUAUCUUUCUUGAACGUGGGGUCAGACCUUCACCUGCUCCCUUCUGUAUAACCUCCGAGGAUUUUACAGGGCUGGCUAAAAUUAUAUUCGGCUCAAAUAUACCACCGUGUGACGCGCAGUGUAUAUUUCUGGUGCUUCGUCUUGGUACUGCCUCUCACGAUGCACUUGAGCAUUUGCAGGCGUGCAAAGUGGACUUGGAUGUAAAAAAAAGGCCAGAGGUGGCUCUUGUCAGCGGGAUGGGUCUUGAAGCCCGGAUCAAGGUGGCUCUUAACGGUGUCAAAAGCCAGUUUUUUUACCCACCAGCGGCAGACAAGGCCCUCAAUUCUAGUAGAGAUAUUUCCUCGGUGGAGAUGAUGGCUGAGGAAUCAGCCUGCGCUAGAAACCACCUUGAAAGUAGUCUUUGCCUUUCAGCUGCCCAGGACCAUCAUGGAGAUUUGUCGAUUGAAGUGCUGUUAGCUCGAUGUGGCAUCCCCUUUUCACGCACUGAUGAACAGAAGCUCUUAUUAAAGCAGAAACUAUGCAUUGCUAGACAGUCCCUUACUUGUAUGUCAAAAGCAGAUCCCACACCUAGCCUAGACAGUCUAGAUGGAAAAGGAUUAGAAAAUUUUUCGCAUGACAAAAAAGAACAAUCAAAUAGUCUUCAAAUGACCAUUAUUUGUGGAAUUCAUGGGAGUUACGUGUUGAAUGUGGCUGGCUACAUCGUUAGCAUGGCCACAGAGAGCAUCAUCUGGUUGGUUCUCCACCCCAAAUCUCUCGCGGAGGUACCUGACCUCCUCAAUUCAAGCCUCAGACAGAAGACACAACAAACAGAAAGUGGGGAGACAAGACGCUUUCGCUUACUCCUUGUUGCUCCUCCGUGGGUCUCCAUACCGGAAAUUCUAACACAGAUUGAAUCAUUCCUCAAGCCCUCUGAUUAUGACCAGAAAGUGGUACCAUUCUGUAUAAGCACGCAGAGCGAAUUCAUCACCUCACCUGGUACUCCAGACGAACAGAUUAAUCUAUGCUACAAAGAUUUAAGUAAAAACGAGAAACCUCAGCCGACAAUAGAAGUCCUAAAAAUGAAUAACGAUGUGGAAACUUCAAGGGCUAGACUCUUGGUGGAAGCUAUACGUCAAUUAAAUCCACAGGCAGUAACAUUAACAGCUCCUUUUGGAAAAAUAAGGAACUGCACUCAACUCGCCCUCCUACUAAAUGACAAUCUAUUCGGAGAGGUGGAGUCGCAACGUUACCGCCUCCUUACGUAUGCAAAUCAUUGUUCUUUUCUCGGAGUAUACCGUCUCAAGGCAAUCAAUGUGAAGUUUAAACUACCGCUGGAUAGAGCUAAGUGGAUCAGUGCACUUAAAGGCCUACGUUCAAACCUAAGUCCAUUCUCUGAUGGCCCAAUUAUUGUAUGUGUUGAAGCUAACCUUGCAUUCGACGAAAAUCCAAAAAGUACUGUUAAUUGCCGCUACUGGCCACAGACCGAUGUAAUAAAGGAGGCUAAGGAUGGGUUUAAUGCAGAGUCUGGAGAUAGCUCACCCAAAGGUGCCGCACUCUACUCCCUAACUGCUCACUUCUUCAUCAUUCAAAGAGAAGCAAGUAUGCGGUCUAUCUAUGGUGGCGACUUCGAGGAAAAGCUCACGAACUGGCUCAAAGCCUGGCUCCGAGAAUGUCUGCGAGAGGCAGAAAAGUUGAAACCUCUCAUUGAAAAGGAGAAAUUGACAAAGAGUGAACUGGAUAAAAUUCAGGAAUUGAUUCAAGAUGCGUAUCAGCUCUACCCUAGACCCGAGGGAUGGUAUUUUACGGGCUUCUACUAUGUUCACAUGUUAGGAGAAAAGUCAUUCAGGCAUCCCUGUUUUGAUCAAAUUGUUGACGAAUACGUUGCAAAGGAGAACGAAAAGAUAAAGAAAUUCAAUGCCACCCUGCUGAAGACGCCUCAUGUUGACCUUUUCGACUGA